AUGGGUAUGUCGAUAAACAAACAGAUGGGCGAAGACAAUGCGUCUGCUGUCGCCGACAUCAUGCACCAUGACGCCCAAGAAAUCUUACUUGAGAGUACGCAACAAGGUAAACAUAUUGAAGACACAAAACCCGACGACCAACUUGCCUUCAACCUCUUCCUAGAAGAACGAAACGUUCCUAGAACAAAAUUUCCUAGUCAAUCCGAGCACUAUUCUAUUUCUCGGUCCAAACACGAGAGGACUCCUCGAAUAAUUAAUCACAACACAUUGCAAGCUCCCGGGAACGGAGAGAAUUCCUUGAAGACAGGACAAGCCAACAUUAAACAUACAACCGAACAUGAAUCUAUCGAAGAAGAAAAAAACUCACCAUUUGCUGGUUCAAGUCAAUCCAGCAAUAUGAGACCAUGCGUGGCUUGUGGAGAGCAUAAAUUUCUCUCAAACUUAGCUCGUACUCCGUGUAAACACGGAUAUUGCUCGGAGUGUACCAACCGAAUGUUCGAAAUGGCGACCCAAGACGAGGAGUUAUUUCCUCCGCGAUGCUGUGGGCAACGAAUACCCAUUGAGGGGAACGAGACAUUACUAAAUGUCGGAGUACUGGCUAGCUUCCAAGCAAAGGAAGCUGAAUACACCGCACCUCAUCGAACAUACUGUCAUCGGCCAGAAUGCGCUGCGUACAUCGCGCCGACGGCGUAUAUAGAUGGCAUUGCUAUCUGUGGCAAAUGUCAGCAGAGAACCUGUUUGACAUGUAAGGGUGCCACACAUGAUGGCGAGUGCCCGGAUGAUAAACAACUCCAACAAGUCAUGCAGCUGGCACGAGACGAGCAGUGGCAGCGCUGCCAAAGCUGCAAAGCUCUUGUAGAGCUAAACUUCGGAUGUAACCACAUAACAUGCCGAUGCAAACACGAGUUCUGUUACACCUGUGGUGCGAAAUGGAAGACGUGUGAAUGCCGGCUAUGGCAGGAGGCUCGCCUACUCGCACCCGCGGCGCAUGAUCGUGUUCUACCAGAUCUUGGCGCGGAGAGACGGGCCUGGAGGAGAGCAGAGGAGAUCGUACGAGACCUGCAACGACGCAUAGGAGAGGACCCGCAAGUUCCGCACCGGAGACUCAUAUUCCGACGUAAUGCUCGAGUUUUCCAGAGGUAUUAUGUCGGCUAGAUGUCUUUUUACGUGGCGAGUAUAUUGGACUACAUGGACAGGGAUAUUCUUAUUACAAAGGGAUAAUGCAUCUACCGCAGCAAUGCCUUUCAAUCUCGCUUUUUCCAGGAGUUUGCCUAUGACAAACAGGUUGUACUUAUAAUAAUAGAAGUUCUGAAGUUACAUACAGGUAGAACGGGGGAAAUCCG